AACUAGGCGGUACCUGACCGGUGAGCGUUAGCUGUUAGCUUGCCCGAAGAGGAAAGUCAGUACAGUUUUUUUUUAAAAUAUAUAUUUAGCUACGUCGUUAAACUUUUAACUAACUACAGAUUUUGUAUAACUGAUAGGCGUUAUCGAGUGUGAGCCAUCGCAAUGUCCUGUCAGUACUUGCUACUUUUGCUGCUGAGUGUGGGAGUCUCAGCGGUGGAGGUCCAACGUCCCCGCGGUGUGCCCUUAUCAAAACGGCAGUUCUAUGAAGAGGACAAACCUUUUACCUGCCUGGAUGGCUCCCGCACCAUUCCUUUUGACAGAGUAAAUGAUGACUACUGUGACUGCCAGGACGGGUCUGAUGAGCCAGGCACUGCUGCUUGUCCCAAUGGUAGCUUCCACUGCACCAAUGCAGGUUUCCGACCGGGCUUCAUCCCUUCGUCUCGCAUCAAUGAUGGAAUCUGUGACUGCUGUGACACAACAGAUGAGUACAACAGUGGUGCCACCUGUCAGAACACCUGCAGGGAGUUGGGACGCAAGGAGAGAGAGAGCUUGCUGAAGAUGGCAGAAGUUGCGAAGGAGGGCUUUGAGCUUAAACUGCAACUUAUCCAGGAGGCCAAAAGAGGCAUAGAAGACAAGAAGGCCAAACUUUCAGAUGUUCAGGGUAGUAAGAAGGAUCUGGAAUCGAAGGUGGAGGCUGUGAGAACAGUAAAGGAGACUGCAGAACAGCCAGAGAAAGAAGCUAAAGAGCGCCACCUGCAGUCUUGGGAAGCUCAGAAAGCUGCCAGUCGCAUUGAAAAAGACAAGGCUAGAAUGCAUGAGGUGUUUCUUGAACUGGAUGAUGAUGCAGAUGGCUUUGUUUCAGUGGCUGAGCUUUUGUCCCAUUCUGAGCUCGACCCAGAUUCUGACAGUUUAUUCACGGAAGCAGAAGCUCAGGUACAGUUGGGUGGAGUCGACAAAGUGGACCCAAUAGCAUUUGAAUCUGUUUGGAGUAACAUUAAAGAAAAAUACUUGUCAGAGUCCAGCGCAGACAUCUCAGCACCAAUAGAGACUACACAGGAGGAACCACGGGAGCCAGUCUCUGACAAUGACUCUGAGCAGUACCCUGAAGAUGAAAUCCCAGAGGAAGACGAUGAGGAUGAUGAAGAGGAUGAAGAUGAUGACCAGGAUGAGAGUGACUACAAGAUCCCUCCUACGACGCAGGCUCAAGAAAAGAAGGAUGACGAUGAUGAGGGGACUAUGCCACCUUAUGACCAAGAAACGCAGAACCUCAUUGAUGCUGCUCAGAAAGCCAGGGAUGAGUUUGAUGAGGCUGAGAGAGCUCUCCGGGAAGUGGAUGAUCAGAUCAAGAACCUUGAAAAGGAAAUCUCCUUCGACUUUGGACCCAGUGCUGAAUUUUCCUACCUCUACAGCCAGUGUUAUGAGUUGACUACAAGCGAGUACAUUUACAGGCUCUGUCCAUUCAACAGAGUAUCCCAGAAGCCCAAGUAUGGAGGAUCAGAAACUAAUUUAGGAACAUGGGGGAAAUGGGCAGGUCCUGAGGAUAAUAUCUACUCUGUGAUGAAGUAUGAGCAUGGAACAGGAUGCUGGCAAGGCCCCAACAGAUCCACCACAGUUAAGUUAACAUGUGGAAAGGAAACGGUUGUGACAUCUACCUCUGAGCCCAGUCGCUGUGAGUACCUGAUGGAGUUCAUCAGCCCUGCUGUCUGCCAGGAACCCCCAAGCCUGGAUCGAGAGUCUGAGUCCCAUGACGAGCUCUAGAUCCUCCUGAUCUAUUGUUCUCAAGGGACCACAGUCGCUGCAGCAAUCUAAAGUUGCCCUGCUGUGAGCAGCAUCACCUUGGUGUCGGUUAACAAUUGAGAAUAAAUUAUACGUAGUUAAUUAUAGUAUCAUGUGCACUUCUUAGUUCCUCUGAUACCUGUUUUGAUUCUAUUGUUUUGUGUCAAAUAUAAUGUCAUUCCAUUAUGAUCAAAUAAAGUUGAUUUUAUCAUGUA